GAGCGGUGCAGUGGAAAGGCGGAAAGAGGAGAAUCGCGAGGUACGCUACGGUACGCGUCCGUCACGCACCGAGUGUUCGCCUCGGCUGGCUGGAAAACCGCCGAGCCGCGCCGUUUCCCAGGGAGAGAAAAUGAGAGCGACGUCCUCGUGCUCGUGAAACUACAGGAGGAGGAUCCCCGGCGCAACGCUCGAGAAGGCAGGAAAUGUACGGCGCUGAGAGGGAGGAGGUGUCCGAAAGUUGGCUGCACACGUAUGACCUGAGCAGUACUAUGAUUCCCAAUGCGAGCACGGCGAUGGACGACGAGGAGCACUUCUGCAAGCUCAUUCUGUACAAGGAGAUCAAGGACUCCAGAGUGCGAAUAUGGGAUGUCAUCAUCCUGGUGCCGAAUCUCCUGUUUCUCCUGUUCAUCGUGAUGCGAUUCAACAGAGCGAGGCUUAAGUUACGUGCAACGAGUAGCCCGAUAUUCUUAGCGUUUUACGGUCUGGUCAUUUGUAAUGUAGUUAUAUCGGUGGUGCGCUGCGUCGUGUCGAUGACGGUGAACGCGGCGGCGACGGUCGGCGGCAAGGCCGACAAGGUCCUGUGGGUCACAGUGAGAUUUUUUCUACUGUCCACCGAGAUGAGCGUAGUUAUAUUCGGUCUAGCGUUCGGUCAUUUGGACAGCCGCUCCAGUAUUCGUAGAGUAUUACUCGCUACAUCCCUCAUAGCGCUGGCGUUCACGAUCACUCAAGGAACCCUGGAGCUGGUCCUGCCGGACGACACGUUUCAUAUUCCCAGCCGAGACUUCUACGUAUUCGGUCACGGCGGCAUGAUGUUUUGGUUCUGCAGCAGCCUCGUUUUCACAACGAUAUAUCUCUUCAUAUUAAUACUGCCAUGGACACGGUUGCGGGACCGCCUAGCACUUCCUACACGGAAAAGCUUUUACGUUUACGCCGGAAUGCUAGCGACGUUGGACCUAGUGCAGUCGAUUGGCGCGGGCUUUCUAAACUACACGCAAAAUCCGGUGGGAUUGUGCAUCGUAGACUUCACCGCGGCAGUGUAUCUAACUCUUUUCACCCCCUUGGUUUACCAUACAUUCCUGUCGGAAUUCUUCGGGGUCUCGCAACCUUCGAUAAUGUUCUCGUACAAGGCGCAAGUGGACGACGCGAUGGACGAAGACACCGUGUCGUUACCGCACCAACAGAGUUUUUCAUCCUUGAAAACCGACAGCGAUUACAUCUAUCAGAAUCACAGCGUUUACGACUCGACCCAGUUCGACACGAACGCUACGCCAAUCAACCCGCUCUACGCGGCGUCUCUGCAAAGCCCAGAUAGUAUUACCGGUUACAGUAUAGACAGUCAAGAAACGCCGAAUCCGCCGAAUGGUUAUCAGCAAUGAACGCACGUAAAUCGGUUCGGGGGUGCGCUGUAAAAAUUGCAGAGCGAGCCUGGAUACGAGUUAUCGAUCAAAUUUGCAAUUUUGCUAAGAGCUUCGUGAGAUCCUUCCCAAACGAGGGAUUUGUUACUUUUCCCCCGAAAAAAAAAAAAAAAAAAAAACACAUCGUGUCGAAAAGAAAUUCGGGAUCGGAGUGAGGUGGCGUGCGAUUGUCGUGAGUACGAAUACAAGGAAGGAUUCUAGUCGCCCUCGUGUAUUUUUGCACGCAGGGCCGCGUAAAUACAUUUACGGAUAAAAAGAAAAAAAUACGGAUGCUUUCGGAUGUCUCCAUGUGAUAGUUGGCGUCGAUGCCCAAAUUGUGAUCGCGGAACGCUGGAAGAAAUCUCGCGGAAUCUCCAAUUGUUAGCUUUUAGUUCGCUUUACUUAGGGGCAAGUUCUCGAAGGAUGAUUAGGGGUUUAGCGUACAUUAAUUCUUCACGCAAUUAGUUUUGUACUUAUUAUAGACGUUGAAAUGUCGAGUGAAUUUUUGCCGCACUGUGAAAAAUAGUGUGUUCCUUUUGGCGCAUGUUAUGCAUUUAUCUCAAAGUACAAGACGUAGGUCAUUCUAGGAUUCGCAUACUUCCUCCCCCCGAUCGCAGAUUUAAUUACCGCCGUACUCUUCAUUCUUUUUUUUUUGUACCUAGGCAUAAAAUCAGAGUGGGAAAAAAAAUAGUAAUAAACAAAAAUCAAUUCACUUUUAAAUGCCUUGACGAACGUAUGCGAUUUUUAGAAUGCCCUGUAUGGUGCGAUCGUCAUCGCGCAGUAUCAUCCCCCGUCGAUAAAGUGCUAUUGUUUUGUAUUGAGAAACUGCAAGGUUGGCGUGCCGACCGUGGAUUCCUAGUAAGACGACACAAGACAAAACACUUAGAUUUAACUUCUGAAACCUGCUUAUCGUUUCUCCGUCCUUUUUCAUCAAAGUGGACGACGUCGUAUCGCCCGAAAGUCCCCUUCCCCCUCCGUUGCGCGCGAAGCGACAAGCGCAAAACGGCGAAGCCGGACACACUCGCUAUUUUCUUACUUUUGCAUCGAAAAAUCAUUAGAUCGAUUAAGGGACAAUAGGAGUCAUUAAAGUUAAACGUCUCGCGCGGAGAAGAAUUUUUAGACUUUAAGGAAAGGAAAAAAAAAAGAGAAACUCUUCGAAUGCUCCAAUAAUUAUGAAGACUCCAUCCAUGAUGUAUAUAUACAUGAUCUGUAAUUCUAGUGUAAAGGAUCGUACUAUUUAUAUAUCUUAAUAUAUACAUAUUAUAUAUAUAUAUUUAUCAAUAUAUUACGUAUCUUCGUAUCGUAAUUAAAUUCGUACAACUGGCAAGUCUUAGGACACUUGCUCCUGCGCUGCCCGCGUUUUUUUGCGCGUUCAUCCCGCGCGGAGAAGAAAUAAAAAAAGGAAUAACGUAAAUCAACAAUCAUAUAGAAGCGUCCGCUGUUGUCACUCUCGAAGACGCGUUUCACGAGGUUGUAACGUAGAUUACCGUUUUCCUACGUGCAUUAGAGGAGGGAGGGAAAUUCUCCCCUCUCACCCUCACCAGGAGCGAGCAAAAUUAAUAGUGAUACAACGUUAAUUUAUUUUCUAGCGUAAAUUCGUUCGAACUUGUAUAUACGGAACGGUGUGCGUGGAACGGCGUUGUACACGAGUCUCUCUGUCAAUUGCAAUUGCUUUUUACCAUUUCUCCGACUGUCCGUCACCCUGCACUCCACAUCUCCCCCCCCCCUCCCCACGAACGUUACCUGCGAUCGUCUGACCGUGUGAUUCUUUUGUAAGCAUCGAGUGCAGUGUAUAAGGCAAUAUAUUGUGACCGCGUCAUUUAGCUAUACCUAAUUUUAAAGAAAGUGAAAUAAACAUGAAUAACAAUUC